CGAAGCUCCAGAGAUCAGACUGAGCGUCACUGAGGAUCAGCCGUCUCCCACCAGCCUCGACCAGGGAGACGGCGCUCCCAACAUCAUCAGCACAGCUCGCAAAACCCCGUCUGUGACCGCAUCGCAAGAAAAACUGUCGUCCAUAAACAACACAGAAGGAAGUGAAGAUCAGCCCGUAUCUGCGCUGAAGAUGCAGAUGGAUGACUUCAAAUACAUGUCAGUUCUGGGCAGAGGACACUUUGGGAAGGUCCUGCUGGCAGAGUUUAAGAAGACGGGAAAACUGUACGCCAUCAAAGCCUUGAAGAAAAGAGACAUCGUGACCCGUGAUGAAGUGGACAG